AGUCCCGGUCUUUGUAGUAACUGCCCUUGUGAAAGCGCGGCUUAUGGUGACAGUGUCCCGGUCGCGCUACCCCGAGGACACCCCAGCCUCUAGGAGACGGCGACGCAGCUCGUCGGGGAGCCUGCCUUCCGCGCAGACCAGACCAUCCCCGUGGGGGCAGCCGUCCCAAUCCCACUCGCACUCCCGCGGCCGCGAGGGCCUCAGGCCUCAGUGGGGUGGGUCGGGCGUCGGCGCUCCUUGUACCUUUAGCCGCUCUGGAUCUCGGGAGCGGCCCACCAGGCUCCGCAACUACGCUUUCUCGUCCUCUUCUGUCUACUAUGGCGGAUACCGCUACCAUCACCACCACUAUGCGGGCGAGAGGCAGUGGGCGGAAGACUAUGAGAAGGAGAAGGAGGAGAGCUAUCGUCAGGGGAGGCUGAAAGAGAGAGAAAGGACUGGGGAGUUGGGAGCACCUGAGGUGUGGGAGCUGGGAGCACCUGAGGUGUGGGAGCUGUCUCCAGAGUUUCCUGAGCCAGAUUCUGGUGAACACACCCCAGUUGAGGAUGAAGAGGUAAAGACUAAGAAGAACAGCAGUUCACGUUCCCGCUCCGAAGAAAAAAGGAAAAAGGCCAGUAGUUCAAAAAAUAAGAAAAGAAAGAAAAAGUCCAAAGGAAAACAGAGGAAAUAUUCUGAUAAUAGCGACAGUAAUUCAGACUAUGACACUAGCUCUGAUGAUGAUAAAAAGAGAGCAACAAAAGCCAAGAAAGAGAAGAAAAAGAAGCACAGAGCUAAAAAGCCCAAGAAAAAGACGAAGAAGACUAAAAAAGAAUCCAGUGUCAAAAGCUGUAAGGAUUCAGAAGGGGAGGUGCCAGAAGAUACCUGGAUUGAGCAGCAAAAGAUUGCAGAUAACAUGGCUCUAAUAGGUCCAGAGGCACCUAUAAUACACACCUCUCAAGAUGAGGAACCUUUGAACUACGGCCAUGCUCUGCUUCCAGGUGAAGGUGCAGCUAUGGCUGAGUAUGUAAAAGCUGGAAAGCGUAUCCCACGAAGAGGUGAAAUUGGGCUGAGAAGUGAAGAGAUUGCUUCUUUUGAAUGCUUAGGUUAUGUUAUGAGUGGUAGCAGGCAUUGCAGAAUGGAGGCUGUGCGACUGCGUAAAGAGAACCAGAUCUAUAGUGCUGAUGAGAAGAGAGCCCUUGCAUCCUUUAACCAAGAAGAAAGACGGAAGAGAGAUAAGAUUCUAGCUAGUUUCAGAGAGAUGGUGUACCGAAAGACAAAAAGGAAAGAUGACAAAUAACUUUUGUUCUAUAGCUGGACUUUUAAGAAUUUUAUCUGACCAAAAUUAAAAGGCUUUAUGAUGCUGCUGUACCUACUAUAAGUUCCUCAAGAAAAAAACUGCUUUUUGAGAUCUCUUUAGCAAUUUAUUUUUUGUUAUUUUUAAUUCUAAAAGUAAAAUGUGCACGUUUUUAAAAAUAUUCAAACACUACAGGAGGAAAGUCAGUAAAAUCACAGGCUCCGGAUGCGCAGGCUCUGCGGCCAUGGCUCACGGGCCCAGCCGCUCCGCGGCAUGUGGGAUCGUUGCGGACCGGGGCACGAACCCGUGUCUUCUGCAUCGGCAGGCGGACUCGCAACCACUGCGCCACCACGGAAACCCAGGAAAAGCUUUUAAAUGCUAAAAUUACCACCAAAUGGAAGAAAUUAACUACUUGAUGAUCAUGAGCCCCCAGACCUACAGGCUCCUAAGAACUGAUAAUGUUAACCGCCCUGUUACCGCAACACCAACCAAUCAGAGAAGUGUGCAGGAGCUUGACCACCGUCACCUGGCUUUUAAAAAAAUGCUUUGCUGAAAACCUUUGGGGAGUUGGGGGUGUUUUGAGCACGGACCACGCGUUCUCCUUGCUUGGUCCUGCAGUAAACCUUUCUCUGUUCCAGACUCCGACGUUUUGGUUGGUUUGGCCUCACUGUUCGUCCAGCUCACGAACUUGCGUUUUGUAACAAUUGUGAAUUUUUUAUUACCUUAAACCCUUCAAUACAAAUAUACGUUCAUUGUUCAAUUUAAUCUUCAAAAUCCUUCGACAUUUCUUUUUUCCACUGUAUUUGAUGACUUUUUAAAUUGGGAAGACAUGGUAAUAUAUGUGUC